AUGGCGCUAAGUGGCACCAGUGAAGGGUUCCUGAGCACGAAUCCAACCAUCACGCCAAUGAACGGAAGUGACCAUGACCUUCUUCAAAAUUUCAAGACAAAGAUACUGAUCUCGCUGACGGUCACCAUUGCCCUGGUUGGGCUGGCAGGAAACGCCAUCGUGCUCUGGCUCCUGGGGUUCCGCGUGCCGAGAAACGCCUUCUCCGUCUACAUCCUCAACCUGGCGGGAGCCGACUUCCUCUUCCUCUGCUGCAGGAUCUUACUAUCCCUGGAUGAAUUCAUCACCUACUUCCAUUCCGACUCCAUUUACAUCUCUGGCUUUUUCAUGACUGUUUUCACCUUUGCCUACAUCGCAGGCCUGAGCUUUCUUACCAUCGUCAGCACCGAGCGCUGCCUGUCCGUCUUGUGGCCCAUCUGGUACCGCUGCCGCCGGCCCAGACACAUGUCAGCUGUCACGUGUGCCCUGCUCUGGGCCCUGUCCCUGCUGCUGAGCGUCCUGGAAGGGAAUUACUGCGGCUUCCUCUUUCGGAAUUUUCACGAGGAUUGGUGUCCAAUGUUUGAUUUCAUCACUGCCGCGUGGCUGAUUUUCUUAUUUGUGCUUCUCUCUGGGUCCAGCCUGGCCCUGCUGACCAGACUGCUGUGUGGCUCCCAGCGGGUGCAGCUGACCAGGCUGUAUGUGACCGUCAUGUUAACGGUGCUGGUCUUCCUCCUCUGCGGCCUGCCCUUUGGCAUCCACUGGUUCCUCUUAAUCUGGAUUCCCAAUAUUUCAGAUACGCUUCCCAUUUAUCUUCACCGGAUUGCGCUCGUCCUCUCCUGUGUCAACAGCUGCGCCAACCCCAUCAUUUACUUCUUCGUUGGCUCCUUUAGGCAGCGAUGGCGGAAGCGGCGGCAGACCCUGAAGCUGGUUCUCCAGAGGGCUCUGCGGGACUUUCCUGAGCUGGAUGAUCGUGAGGGAAGUCUUCCUCAGGAAACCCUGGAGAAGUCGGAAGGCAGUCUGGUGUCCUGA